UUCCCUCUAACAGGACUUUCACUAUCUCUCAGGAAGUGGCUGUUUAAAGAAGACCGAAGAACAGAAGUUUAUUUCCACGACUGUGAUGAAAACUGAAUCUGUGACGAGGAUGAUCGGCAUCACAUUCAUUCUGCUCUCGUUGUUCUGCCACAGUUCACAGGGUGGAAACACAGGAGGACAGGAUGUUUUGCUUUGUGGACCUCAGAAUCUGACGCUGACCUCGUCCAACCAGAUGAUCCUGGCGACGUGGGAAGACGACCCAUCAUGCUCCGCUGUGAAUGAUCAGCUCAUCUAUGAGCUGCUGGUUCUUGUCGGAGACGAGCAAGUUCAUCAUGAUCUCGUUACCGUGACGCCCGAUCAGAUCGGAUCCUCUCACCUCUGGAGGUGGACGUCACACGUGGCCUUAGAGUGCGUUUCCCAUUCGGUCCGACUCAGUGUUCGAUUCAAGAACUUCACAAGCCCCAGGACACAAGAAUGGACCCUCCCAGGAAAGGAACACGACUCCGAAAAUCCAGAGGUUUAUCCACGAGACAGAGUGUUUGAAGUCGGCAGCAGAGCCACAUUCUGCUGUGUUCUGCCGGCAGGAGGAAGCUACCACAACAUGAAAGUGUCGGAUAAUACUAGCUCUGAUGUGAACAUCAGACCGGUCAACAAUCAGACGUAUUUACUGACCGUCGUCCUGAACCAUAUAUCGACCACCAGCUGCACGGACAUCAUUUGUGAAGCAAUGAUCCAAAACGAGCAACGAGACAAUGGAGCUUGUGCUUUUAUUGGCUACCCUCCUGGUGAUAAAGACCUUCAGUGUAAAACCAGAGAUCUGGAAUCAGUCGAAUGUCACUGGACAGUUGGACGAAAUACACACCUGCUGAAACCAACACAAUAUCAGCUUGUUGGAAGUGCAUGUAAACCUGGUAGUCAGGGGAAAUGCUCACAGAAAGUGAACGUGUCAGCUGGAGAGAGGAACUGGACGUUAACGGCUCGGAAUGAGCUGGGGACGGUGGAACUGUGGGACACAGCAGACCUGAUGAACAGAGUUCACAUGUUUGCUCCAGAGUCAGUGACAGCUUCGACUGUGAAUGACAGAAACGUCAGUCUGAAGUGGACCUGGAAGGUUAAACGCUACAAACAUCUGAACGUCACGUGUCAGGUGAACGUCAGUCACGCUGGAACUCAUGAGCUGACAAAAAACUCUGGAGUUGGUCUUGAUUCUGCAGAUUUGAUGAACCUGAUUCCAAACUGGUCGUAUAACGUGACGGUUCGAUGUAGAACAACGCAACAUUCCUACAACUGGAGCGACUGGAGCUCCACAUUCCACUUCCACACCAAGGGUGAUGUUCCAGACGCUCUUGAUGUGUGGAUGAAGGUGAAGGACAAUGAGAUUUUAAUUAUCUGGAAGAUUCCACAGGAGAACCAGAGUCACGGACUCAUGUUGGACUACACAGUGACCUGGUCAAAGAUCAGAGAGACAAACCAACUCAACACAACCACAGUGACUCACAACAACGUCACCCUCAGUCUGGACACAACCCAACAGUACGUUGUCAAAGUUACAGCUCGGAACGAAAUCGGCAGCUCGUCCCCAUCCACCAUCAUCACCCCCCACGUCUCUGGAGGACUUCACAACACGGCCAGAACGUCUCGGAUCAUCGGCAGCGGUGGCGGCUUCAGUCUGUCCUGGUCCUCCAGUCCUGCAGCGAGCUGCGGCUACAUCGUGGACUGGUGUCCGACCUCGGGUCAUUCGAUGGUGGAUUGGCUCAGAGUGCAUCAAACCAACGUCACUAUAUUUUCAAAAAACUUCCACAGUGGACAGAGAUACUCGCUGUCCAUAUCUGCCUGCACCCGAGAAGCUCCGCUGCUGCUGGAAACCAGAGAGGGCUACGUCAGCGAGGAAAGGAUACCAGACAACCUCUUUAAAAUUAGGAGACUGAAACAGAAGGGUUCCAUUGUUGAGAUGUCCUGGGAUCCGAUUUCUCUGACAGAGCAGACAGCUUUCAUCCAAGGCUACGUCAUGUACUAUUCUGACGGAGACAAGAACAACGGGCAAGUGAGCACAGACGACCCGACGUCCACCAGCCUAACGACCCUCGACCUGACGGCCGGCUCGUACGAGUUCACAUUGAAGGCUCGGACUGCGCUCGGAGAAUGUGGCUCCACAUCGUCCGGUGUAACCGUCGAUUUACAGACUGAUACGUUGAUCACGACUGUCAUCAUUUCCCUGGUCGCUGUUUUCAGUCUCCUGUUGCUCGUCACUGUCGUCUGCUGCAGACACUGGGCCUGCAUCAAACAGAAGGUGUACCCCCCCAUCCCGAGACCCCUGCUGACGGACACGCGGCUCAAAUUAACGGGUGACCACAGAUGUCGUCUUCAGGUGGAUCAGUGUUACAGUGAGGUCGACAUCAUGGACGCUCCACAGCUGCUGUUCAAACCAGGAGCGCAGGUCAAAGGUUUACCCUCCUCGCCCUUCAGAGGGGUUUUUUCAAACCUGUCCUACAACCUGACGAUGGAGACGGAGGAUCAACAGCCUCAGGAGGAUCACACCAACGAAUACCAAGCUCAGACCCUCACCCUGAACCAGGCAGACGAGGAACCAGAGAGUCACAUGACCUGUGUCUUCACUUACAUGUUACUGCCACAGCCAACAUGUAAUUAACUCAUGAACAUAUGAGAAAUAUGUCUGACACAGAAACAGACAUUUCAACAUCAAGCAAAACAAGCCUUUAAGGCUCUGGUCCAGGCUCUG